AAAAGUCCUCACUGGACUCCACCCACUCCCCCCACCCCGCGGAUCCGGAAUCCUCCACGAAAUUAACGAGGCUCCCCUGCCGCCCGGCCGGCGCGCAAGGUCAGCAUCAUCGUCCAUCGAUCGAAGCCAGUGCGCCCCCGCGGCCAGAUCCGAGCGGAGGGAUGACGGGGGCGGCGUCGCAGGCGUACGGGGAGGCGUGGUACUGGGACGAGCGGUACCGCAAGGAGUCAGGGCCCUUCGACUGGUACCAGAAGUACCCCGCCCUCGCGCCGCUGCUCCGCCUCUACGUGCGCCCGCACCAGCGCCUCCUCCUCGUCGGAUGCGGCAACUCCGUUUUUGGUGAAAACAUGGUUCAUGAUGGUUACCAGGAUGUUGUCAACAUUGAUAUAUCGUCUGUGGUGAUUGAACAGAUGAAGAAGAAAUACCAUGAUAAGCCUCAACUAAAGUACACGAAGAUGGAUGUAAGAAACAUGUCAGACUUUGAGUCUGGUUCAUUUGAUGCUGUUAUUGACAAAGGAACACUAGAUUCUAUUAUGUGCGGCCAAAAUUCACAAGAGCAUGCAGCGAAGAUGCUAGGAGAGGUGAACAGAAUCCUCAACGAUAAGGGGGUCUACAUUAUGAUUACUUAUGGGGAUCCAAGUUAUCGAUUGAAUCUUCUGAAGGACCUCCAAUUUUGGACAGUAAAGCUUCACGUCAUAGCAGAUAGGUGGGAGAGAAGUUCCAAAAAGACAUGGGAUCUGACCGAGCCACUGCCUUUACAUGAUGACAGUACAUCAAUUAUCAACCUUCUUGGCCCAAAACCUGAUGUUCACUAUAUUUAUGUCUGUAUAAAGGACAACGACAGUGCAAGAGUGGACUUGAAGACCGAGGUCAAUGAAGCAGACAACUGAUUGCAUAUUAUAACUUUUUGGAUCGUCGUGUAUAACCACUGUAGCGAAUAAUGUAGGGAAUAUAUUUUAUAACUCUUAACUGGUGUCGUUGUUGGCAACAAUUUGGCAAAAUUACAGCUAGGAUGUUGCUUUUCCGAUCAUCGAAUUUGGAAUAGAAACAGAUUUGCUGUUUUCCUGUCUUAA